UAAUAUUGUUUCUCCAUCAUGGAUUCGAUUAUUCGCAGAUUAUGGAACUAAUCUAUUGAUUAGUAUUCCCGGUAUUUAUUUAAGUGGUCGUUCUACUUAUGUGGUACUUAAACAUCUGAAAUGUUUCAAGAAUUCUAACGCAAGUCAUAGAAGCAGAGAUCCAGUUUCUACUAAUGCAAGCUAUAAAAGCAAAGAUCCAAUAUUGGAAAAUCAAGUACAAGUAGAAUACCCACCUAUCAAAUUUUUAGAUCCUUCCUACAGGCAAAGAAGCGACGAUUUGUUAUCAAUUAUAGAUCUGUAUCGACAAAUAAAUUACCCGAUAACAGAUUUAGAUCCUUCCAAUCAACGAUCAAAUGAAGAAUUGUCAAAUGUCUUAAAUAACAUUGAAAAUAAUUCAGUUUACCAACCACAAGACGCAUUAUUGACUCUACCACCACGACCUCAUACUUCUCGACUGAUAGUUAUGCCCCCAUCCUCCACAGGACUCUCAGGGACUUGCCUUAGCUAUAACAUGACAAAAAUAGCCGCACUGCGUAUGGUACUUUUUACAUCUUUCUUUGCACUUAUUAAUAUAUUUGCAAGUAUAUCUGCUGUUAUAGAUAUUGUAAAUAACCACCCUAUUCCAACUGAAGUGAUUAUAACUGAUUGGGUUGAGGGACUUCAAGGAAUUAUAAUGUUCUUAGUAUUUGGAUUACCCAAAUAUCAGAAACACCAGAGCAUGUCAAUUACGAUGACUACAUCUUAA